CACUCUGCUGCGCUUUGCCUUUCUGUUUUACGGCCAGCCACUGUUUCUGUGUUUCUUUUUUUGCUUUGGCUGGCAAGCCAGGCAAUCCAGCCCAUCUGCAUCCUUGUUGCCAAGCCCCAUCCUUGGAUCCUUCUAGCUGCAGCUCGUGUCGGCGGUAGCGCUGGUGUUAUUAACAUUUCUGUUGACAUCCUUGGGGUCGCGUUUCGGGCUCUGAACACGGCAAGAUAUGUGAAGGUGUACUCGACAUGCGAGCAUAUAGUAUUAAACUAUUUUAACCUUCAAAUAUCUUACUUUUUAUAAUGAAUCAUUGAAAAUCGUUUCAAACCAUUGAUUUUCCUAGGUUUGAUUGAAAUUUGUUCCCAGAAUAUAUUUAACUAAAUAAGUUUAAGAGCUCUUAAAAAAUGCAACUCUUUCUACCAAACAGGGUUAUAUUUAAGCAAAAAUCUAAAUAUUUCUCAAUAGUAAUUAAACGUAAAACGAACUAAAACUUUUCGCAGUUUUCUCGAUCUGGCUACAAACAGUAAUCUGUCAAGUUUCAUAACCGAUUUGAUACUGGGUAUCAUUAUAGUCGAUAAAAAGAGGUUUCUCUUUCUUUUCCCCUUUUUUAUUUUGAUUUCUUUUUUUUUACUCUUUUUAUGUACUUAGCCGCCUUCUCAACUCAAUCUUUCCAUACGUGAAACAUUUUCAUUUUACUUUUGUGUGCAAGCAUACACACUUUUCCUCUUUUUUACUUUUUUUUUUUGCAUUUCUGAAAGCAACUCAAAGACCCAAAAAGAACGUUGGAAAAAAAACCAAAUGGAAAAAAUUAUUUAUGUGUAUAUGAAUACGUAUUGUUGACAUAUUGAGAGAUUGCGGCAAUUUAGACCAGACGACACCAUUUAAAAAGCCAUUAGGGCUUGCUCCGUCAGCUCAUAAUUACCAGCACAAUGGAAUACCCCAUUAGUAGUUGUUGGUCCGUAGUCGUCGUCGUUAAUCCAGUGGCCAAGACAACCGUCUUCCAAAUGUCUCUCCAUAAACUCAGUCUACUCGUUCUCAGUUCGCUGAUCAACUGCUAUUUGUGUGGCCAUGUGGUCUAUGUGGAUCGGUUCACGUUUACCGCGGAUGAUCACGACCUGUUCCUAUCUCAGAAUGCUAUCAUCGAACAGGAGUCAAAUCGCAGUUAUCUCUCGGGCCAUAUGAUGAUUAAUCGAUUGAUUAAUGAUUUAACAGUUGUUUCGUCAAUGGACAUCUUACGUCCUCCACGCCCGGAAAUGCGCCUCUAUAAUGUGAAAUUAAACUUCUGUUCGGUCCUUAAUAAUGGUUAUAAGAAUAAGUUUAUUAGAAUGCUUUACAAUAGCUAUGCAGACUUUCUCAAUUCUAAGCCCAAGUGCCCGCUUAAGCCGAAUUUCAACUACUCUUUAACUAGAGCCUAUAUCGACGAGCAAUUGAUUCCAGAUCUACUUCCGGAGUGUACUUAUCGUUUGAAAAUGUCAUUUCAACACAAAUCAAAGUUAUUGGCUCACAUGCAAAUUGAUGGAAAAUUGCUCGUUAAACAUUGA